UCUUUGUGUUGUAAGUUUAAUCUGAACAAUCAAUUUUUUCAAAAUAUAAUUUAGUAGUAUACUUAAAAAGUGUGCACUUUUUUAAUUAACAUAAAAAUAAUUAUUUCUGUUACGAGAAAUAAUGGAACUAUUAGAUGUUAUGAAAAAUUUAACAAUAAAACAUACAGGGACUGAGAGUGGACAAAAGUUAUUCAAAUCAAUAGCGGCUGAUAUUGAUGAUGUUCCUACAGAAAUUGUUAUAGCAGAGUACACUGACAAAACAUUAUUAAUUGUGUCUCAGUAUCAAAAAAUUGGAAGUCUGUUAACCAUUCAGAGAGAUCAAGUGCACAAUCCUUUAGGUAUAGACAAUAUUUAUACAACAAAAGUUAUUUUUGGUGCUGCAGGAGAGGAACAGCAGGUUGCUGCAAGAUAUCUAGCAGAAGCAAUAAAUAUAACAAAACCACUCUGCAUCUUUAUAAACUUAAAGUCAUAUGACAUUGAGACUGUAAAAGCUUGCAAAGACAUCAUUUUGGAUCUAAAGGGAGAAGAAAGUGAGUAAUACAUCAGUAUGUUAAACAAGUUCAAGACUGUUAAUAAAUUCUAUGGACAAUUGGUUCUUGGUCCACCUGGUGCAGGAAAAACAACAUAUUGCAGUGAGAUGUCUAAGUUAUUGAAAAGUAUAGGAAGAAAAGUAGUUUUAGUAAACUUAGAUCCAGCUAAUGACUGCAUUUCUUACAAACCUGAAAUAGAUAUUAGAAAGUUUAUAGUUCUUGAAGAUGUUAUGGAUCAACAUAAUUUAGGUCCAAAUGGAGCCUUAGUUUAUUGUAUAGAAUCUUUAGAGAAAAAUCUAGACUGGUUGUUAGACCAAAUUAAAGGCGAAAAUUCAACUACUUAUAUAUUUGAUCUUCCGGGUCAAGUGGAACUUUAUAGCCAUUAUGACUCACUAAGAAACAUUUUUUCAAAAUUAGCUACAUCUUUAUCUCUCCAGUUAUGUGUUGUGCAUUUAAUUGACUCGCAUCAUUGUUCAGAUGCUGGAAAAUUUAUAUCAGCUUUAAUAUUAUCAUUAAAUGCAAUGUUGAAAAUUGGCUUACCUCACAUUAACUUGUUAACUAAAGUUGAUUUACUUAAGAAACAUGCUGAUAAAUUAGAAUUUAGCAUUGAUUUUUACACAGAGGUAUUAGAUUUAAACUACCUGCUGGAUAGCUUAGACAAUGAGAAAUUUACAAAUAAAUAUAAAAAGCUUAACAGUGCUUUAAUAUCUAUUAUUGAAGAUUAUAGUUUAGUUUCCUUUCAACUAGUAGAUAUGUUCAAAAAGGAAAGUUUAUUAAGUGUAAAAAAUGUAGUAGAUAAAGCUAAUGGAUAUGUUUUUAAAUCCGAAGAAGGUAGACAUAUUAACAGUAUGCUGGCAUGUGCUAUGGGCGUAAGUGAUAAACAUGAAAGUGACUUUGAAUAAACAAUGUACUACUUAA